AACAUAAACACUGCAAUUCUAAACAAAAACAGAGAGGUGUGAUCCGAUAUGAUAUGAUAUGAGAUCGAAAUGGUUAGGGCAUCUGCAAAGCACGCAUCGGCAACUGCGAGGUUACUACUGAUAUGCAUUGCCCUUUUGGGGAUUGCCCUCCUCGCCGACUUCUUCUGGGCUUCUUCUCCUCAUUUCUCCUCGUGGGCCCCUCACGAGGAUAAACGCCAACCCACCUUGCUAUUUCCCGACCCUCGUAUACCCACACAAGGAAAAACUCAGAGUCAUAAGAAUGAGACUCUUUCUGGGAGAAUUCUGUCAGCAACUUUUGCGGAUCUGCCUGCACCCAAGUUAAAAUGGGAAAAGAUGGCUCCAGCCCCCGUGCCUCGUCUCGAUGGGGCUGCAAUUCAGAUAAAAGAUCUUCUGUAUGUGUUUGCUGGAUAUGGCACUAUCGAUCUUGUGCAUUCUCAUGUUGAUAUAUAUAAUUUCACUGACAACACAUGGCGAGGAAGAUUUGAAAUGCCUAAAGAAAUGGCACAUUCACAUCUAGGGAUGGUAACAGAUGGGAGGUACAUUUAUGUGGUAACAGGACAAUAUGGGCCACAGUGCAGAGGACCUACAGCUCAUACAUUUGUGCUUGAUACAAAGACAAAGAAGUGGAGUGACUUGCCCCCUUUACCGAUUCCUAGGUAUGCACCUGCAACUCAACUGUGGAGGGGUAGACUCCAUGUGAUGGGAGGUAGCAAGGAGAACCGUCAUACUCCUGCAAUAGAGCAUUGGAGUCUUGCUGUGAAGGAUGGAAAAGCAUUAGACAAGGAAUGGAGAAAUGAAAUACCUAUUCCUCGUGGAGGACCUCAUAGAGCUUGUGUUGUGGUUGAUGAUCGUCUUUAUGCGAUUGGUGGUCAAGAAGGUGACUUUAUGGCAAAACCUGGUUCACCUAUUUUCAAGUGUUCACGCAGGAACGAGAUUGUGUAUAGUGAUGUUUAUAUGCUCGAUGAUGAGAUGAAAUGGAAAGUGCUCCCUCCAAUGCCAAAGCCAGAUUCCCAUAUCGAAUUUGCUUGGGUGAUUGUCAACAAUUCUAUCGUCCUUGUUGGAGGCACAACCGAGAAGCACCCGGUGACCAAAAAGAUGGUUUUGGUUGGAGAGAUCUUUCAGUUUAACUUGAAUAAACUGGAAUGGUCAGUAAUCGGAAAGCUUCCAUUCCGUGUAAAAACCACGCUAGUCGGGUUUUGGGACGGAUGGUUGUAUUUUACUUCUGGCCAGCGAGACAAGGGACCCGAUAAUCCCAGUCCCAAGAAGGUUAUUGGAGAAGUAUGGAGAACCAAGUUAAAAUUGAACCCGUAAUUAUUUUUCCACUGUUGGUUCUUUUUUAGGGUGCUUUUCUUCAUAUUUACUCAUUUUCGAAUAUCAUCCAAACGAAAAAAUAUUUUGCUUUAUUCUUUCACACAUAAUUUUCUGGGUAGAAACAAAAUUGAGGUAAUUGAAAAUAUCUUCUUCUAUCAGAAACAAAUAGACAUCAGAUCCUUAUUUACUGCCUCUGAAGAUUUUAUAGCAUCCU